AUGGAUUUGAAAGACACUGGGUCUGUGGAGGAGGAUCGACCCUACAGCGUCUUUACGAAGAAUGAGAAAUGGUUCAUCGUCGUGGCUAUUGCGUUUGCGGGACUGUUGGGUCCUCUUACAGUCAACAUCUAUUUCCCAUCCAUACCUGUUCUGGUCGCUGAUUUCAAGAAGUCGACUGAGCUCAUCAACUUGACUGUGACGGUCUAUAUGAUUCUCCAAGGAAUAUCACCCAUGUUCUGGGCAACAAUCGCUGACCGCAUCGGUCGAAGACCGAUAACUCUCGCAUGCAUGGCCGUCUCGACAGUGUCGUCCGUCGGCCUCGCCCUAGUCCCGACAUCAGAUUAUUGGUUGCUCCUUGUGCUACGAUGCAUACAGGCGACCGGAUCGGCUGCCAAUACCGCACUAGGCGCGGGUGUAGUCGCUGAUAUCGCGGUCCCCGCGGAAAGAGGCAGUUUCUUUGGAUUUUUCUAUAUAGGACCUAUGAUUGGGCCUGCUGUUGGGCCUGCGAUCGGCGGUGCGCUUUCGGAUGCGCUUGGCUGGAGGUCCGUCUUCUGGUUCCUUGCCAUUCUGUCCGCGAUCUGCGGAGUGGUUAUCCUUCUUUUCCUCCCGGAGACGCUUCGUGUGCUCGUCGGAGAUGGAAGCAUACCCCCACCCCGACUCAACAAAGCCCUCCUCCCCUUCAUCGGUCGCAAACAACGUCGCUCGCGCCGUGACCUCGACGGUGUAAAUCUCAAUCUCAAUUCCGGCCCUACAACGCCCUCCAACAAAUCGCUCUCCAACCCUUUCGUCCUCCUAACCUAUCCUGACGUUUUAACGCUCCUCAUUUUCACCGGAGUGUUCUACGCGGUCUAUAUGAGCGUGGCAUCGUCUAUCUCGACGUUGUUCAAGGAGGCAUACCCGUGGUUGAAUCAGACGCAGAUAGGGCUGUGUUAUUUGAGCGUGGGGAGUGGUAUGUUGGCAAGUUCGGUGGGGACGGGAAGGAUGCUGGAUUGGGAUUACAGGAGGAUGAGAGAUAGAAUUAUAAAAGAGAGGGAGGCAAAGAGGCGAGAGGGUGGGCUUUCGGACAAGAAGAAUGCUAAUGCAGAGAGAGACGGCGGUAUCAACUUUAUAGAUGACUUUCCGAUCGAGCUGGCUAGGUUGAGAACGAUGCCGGUGUUUUCUUUCUUUUUCAUCGUCGUGCUGCUGGGCUAUGGAUGGUGCAUACAGGCGAAAGUUUCCAUCGCGGUGCCGUUAAUCAUGCAAUUCUUGAUCGGAUACUUGUUCAACGCCGUCAUGAAUGCCGCUUCGACUCUUCUGAUCGACCUCGUCCCCUCUCAAGGAUCGUCAAUCACCGCAUGCAACAAUCUCGUUCGCUGCUUCCUUGGAGCAGCGGUCAUCUCCGUCAUUAGCAUCAUACUGGACGCUGUCAAGCCCGGAUGGACGCAUGUUAUCCUCGCGGGUCUGUGUAUCGCGGUAUGCCCUUUGCUUUAUGUGGAGAUUAGGUGGGGUCCUGUGUGGAGGGAGAGACGGAGGAAACGCAUGGCGCUGCGCGAGUCCUAG